AUGCCAAGUGCCAGUCUCGACGACGAUCUCCGUGAGCUAGCUGAAGCCGGCCAGGUUGGUCUCGCAUUAAAGCUCCAGAACAAACGCAACGAACGAGCUGAGAAAUCCAAGAGGCUUCUCGACCCACGUAUAAGGCAAAUAGGCGCCAGCGCCGACGAAUGGGAAAGGCAGAUUGCUCACAAAAACGAGUGUCGUCAAGCGGAAGCUGAUAUGGCCAGAGAUGACAGAGCCGUUCUGGAAAAACUAGACAGAAUAGCGCAACAGAUUGAGGCAGAACGCCAGGAAGAUCAACGCCAGAGAGAGGCAUCGGCUCGACAUCACUCUCUGAACAAGCUAGGAAAGACCGCUCGACGGGAGUAUUUUCUCAGCGACCCCAAGAGGGACUUGUCGAUCGAUAUCGAGCAUGUCGGUCCGAGCGCUGCUCAGGUAUUCGCUGGAGAAUUCGUUGAGGAUAAGAAAGCAAUGCAAGAAGAACUCGUGGUGAGGAUCAUAGAUUGUGUUUCUCAGAGAACAUGCAAGGGUGCGCGUAACUCACUCACCUGUUCUUAUGCGACUCGCUGA